UCGCCAGUAUUCGCGCGUUUGCCUUAAAGUGAUUGAAAAAUAGCCGAGAAAUAAAACAUAUAUUUUUUUUGGAAAUAUAUUCAAGAAUUUUGGAACUUUUUUAACAACAAAUAUCCACCAUGUCCGACGCAGCCGCAGCUAAUGGAAGCCCCUCGCCAGCUCCAACUCCUGAGGUGCCCGCUACCGAGUUGGCCCAAUUGGCGCUGGAGGAUGAGCCCAAGGUUAGCUUUUCGGAUCAGUUCAAGGCCUUCUCCAAGUUCGGGGACUCCAAGUCCGAUGGCAAGCUGAUCACGCUGUCGCAGAGUGACAAGUGGAUGAAACAGGCCAAGGUCAUCGACAAGAAGAUCACCACCACGGAUACGGGCAUCCAUUUCAAGAAGUUCAAGGCCAUGAAGAUCUCGCUCAGCGACUACAACAAAUUCCUAGACGAUUUGGCCAAGACGAAAAAGGUGGAGCUGUCGGAGAUCAAGCAAAAGUUGGCCAGCUGUGGAGCUCCAGGAGUUGUGUCCGUUUCGGCUGGAAAAGCCGCAGCUGCCGUGGAUCGAUUGACGGAUACGAGCAAGUACACCGGUUCCCACAAGGAGCGCUUCGAUGCCUCCGGAAAGGGCAAGGGAAUCGCCGGCAGACGGAACGUGGUCGAUGGAUCCGGAUAUGUGAGUGGCUACCAGCACAAGGACACCUACGACAAUGCCCACUAGAUGGGGCAACCACCGUUUUUCACCCUCUCAUAAAUCUGUAUUUCUAACUUUUGUGUUUCCCUAGUUAAUGUCUCCCAAUCUAAUUUAUCUUUGUGUAUAUAAUAAGUUUGUGAUAAUUUAAGUGCUUACAAAUAAAUUGAUAUAUUUGAUUAUAAUUUUUGAGUUACCUCUAUUUUGGUUUUCCUUCUUUGUCCUUUAAUACGUAAAAUUUUGAAGCGGCCCAAAGAGUUCAAAAGUAAAUCCAAAUCAAAUUUAUAUACAUUUCAUGGUACUCGAUCCCAUGUUUGGUAGUCUUAAGAUAACAGAUAAACUUUUAAUAUUACAAUUUGUGAAAUUUAAAUAUCACAUACGAAAACCAAAGAUAUACGACAUACAUAUGUAGAUAUGUUAUG